CGUCAGCUCAACUGUGACAGACAAUCCGACAGUUACCAGCCACAGCUCCACAUCCUUCCCGAAUUCCCUCCCAAUGGCGGCUUCUCUCUGCACAACCACCGUAUACGUCGUCGCCGCCGCGAGUAAGAAAAUUCACGUGCACAACUCAUCUAAUCACGCAGUCGUAAAGUCAUCGCAACAACUUUAUCGCUGUCGUAAAUUUCCUCUCCAUCAUAUUCUCCAUGCCAAAUCCACCUUAAGAAGUUCAACCCCUAAACGGCUCAUCACUCCGUCCGCCAUCUCCAGCUCCGCAGGAGCUGAGAGUUCCACCAUUACUGAGGGUACCACUGACUUGUUGGACAGUGUGCUAGUGUUCAACUUGGAUGGAAACGGAAUUCCCAUUUCUGAUUUGUGGAAAGAUAGGAAAGCUGUUGUUGCUUUUGCUCGCCAUUUCGGAUGUGUACUAUGUCGAAAAAGGGCUGAUUACCUUGCAGCUGAGAAGGACAAAAUGGAUGCAGCUGGUGUCGCACUUGUUUUAAUUGGCCCUGGCAGUGUUGAUCAGGCAAAAGCAUUCUCUGAGCAAACAAAAUUUAAAGGAGAGGUAUAUGCAGACCCAAGCUAUUCGUCAUAUGAGGCACUAAAAUUUGUCUCUGGUGUUUCCACCACAUUUACUCCUGGGGCAGGUUUGAAAAUAAUACAAGCAUAUCUAGAAGGAUAUCGACAAGACUGGGCGCUUUCCUUUGAGAAGGAUACCAGGACAAGAGGUGGCUGGCAGCAAGGCGGCAUCAUUGUUGCAGGCCCUGGAAAAAAUAACAUCUCAUACAUCCACAAGGAUAAAGAAGCAGGAGAUGACCCAAAUAUAGAAGAUAUCCUGAAGGCCUGUUGUUCGCAAAGCAACUGAUAAGUAGUUCUCACCUUGUAUAGAAUAUUUGAUUGUAAUACAAUAUACAUUUACCUAGAUAAACAUAUCCAGAGAUAGAAUAUGUGGUUCUUGAUGUUAUCAGUUAGUUGCGUCAAAAGAAAAAAGCCAAAUAAGAAUAAGGUGUAAGCUUUUAUGAGAUCCAUGUUGAUCCACCGCUUUUGAUGCAACUGACUAUGUUAAAUAUUUAUAAAUUUUUAUGACAUCCAUGUUGAUCGCAUGGACAUCUGCUUUCUACUGUA